GCGUACUGCCUGUGACAGAGAGCACAUUGGCCGCUAGGACUGAAGCUCUGGGUAGUAUACGGCUCUGCACCGACUAGCAUUUCAGUAAUAACUAGAGACACACAUGGGGGUCUACGAGCAGCCUAAUGAGGAGAGAGCAGACAGCCUUUGAUCCCUGGCAGCUUUAUCUCAGCAGCAGCAGCCCUCCCUCAUUAUUCCUCUCCAAACACGCCGAGACUACUCAGAUCAAAGUUCCCUUCCGUCCCUGUAUCUGCAGGUACUCGCCUGGGACCAGCCCCCCUCCCAGCGAGUCACCGCCUGUGCCCCCGCUUCCUCCCAGCUACACACGCACACACACAGCAGUGCCGGCGGUGCCCCGGCCGAGCCACGGCAGCAGCACUCACCCCCGGAGUGCGCUGGGCGCUGCUGAGAAGCACGGAGUGUGCGGGGCGGGCGCCGCUCUCACUGAUCUCCGUCCUCGAACUUUGAUCACGAGCACUAAACUCUCCUCCCGGCUAAAGCUCAAUUACAGGAGGCAAAGGGCAAUAGCUGGUGCACCCGGCAUGGACGAGAGCGUCUGUCUGAGCUGCUGGCCACACUGAAGGGAGAGAGACUCCAGAUGGAGAUCCUGUUUUAUUGUGAGACGGUUUCAUUCAGAAUCUGGCCAACAUCAUGUUCUAUCUAUGGAGGUCUUACAGCUGUGUUCUUGGACAUUUGUGAUGGACCCUGAAUUAUGUUCCACACUCUUAUACCAGUUCUAUCGAGCAUCAACUUGUUCCAGGAGCAAAAGACACAGAUAAUCAAUACAGAUGCCAGAGAACAGUAGGGCUCACUUGGGCCCUAAAGUACCACGAUGUACAAGUGAAAAGGAAGGUCUCUUCUAUGAGACAUACUACCGUCUACGUCAACAGUAUCCAGUAAUCCUGCUCCUGCUGCUCAUCGUUCUGGCAACAUGCUGUGCGCUUAUAGCCGUCACCUUCGGCACUGGCCGGACCUUCUUGAACAACGUGGGAUUCCUAGUGACUAUUUUCUGUGCGUUGGGAGUCUUCACAAUACUCUUCAUUCUGGUGUGCAUAGAAACCGUGCUGCAGAAGGGUAUGCAGUUGUUGGCAGUCGUUAUCUGGGGCUGCUUGGUGGCUAUGGGCUAUGCAUUCAUAUUCACCAGCAGCAUUGUCACUCCAUGGGACCAGGUUUAUUGGACGCUGUUUGUGAUUAUUAGCCUGUAUACCAUGCUACCGUUAUGCAUGAAUGGGGCCAUCUUUGCUGGGCUUAGCUGUUUGGUAUCACAUAUCAUCGUACUUAGUGUCUACGUGUCUUCAUCAAGUCAUCCGCUUGCAGGAGAUUUUGCCUUGCAGAUUAUAGCAGAUGUGGUCAUCUUGCUGUGCGGAAACGUGGUUGGAGGUUAUCACAAGCGUGUCACAGAGAGUGCAUUAAAGGACACCUACCAUGAGGCCAUCAACUUUAUUCAUUCUCGCCGAAAGCUGGACUCCCAGGAGAGACAACAGGAGCAGUUGUUGCUUUCAAUCCUGCCACAGUAUAUUGCAACGGAGAUGAAAGAAGAGAUAAUAGAAAGGCUGAAGGAGAAGAGGCCGCAUCCAGAAAAUACCAAUAACUUCCACAAUCUUUACAUCAAGAGGCACAAAGAUGUAAGCAUCCUCUACGCGGACAUCGUAGGAUUCACAUUGCUUUCCAGUGAGUGCUCCCCCAAGGAGUUGGUCCUCAUGUUAAAUGAGCUUUUUGGGAAGUUUGACCAGAUAGCAAAGGAAAAUAACUGCAUGCGCAUCAAGAUAUUGGGUGACUGCUAUUACUGUGUGUCAGGGUUACCGGAAUGCUUGCCGGACCAUGCCAAGAACUGUGUUCAGAUGGGGUUAGACAUGUGCCAAGCUAUCCGGAAAUUGCGCAAGGCCACAGGUGUAGAUAUUAAUAUGCGCGUUGGAGUGCAUUCAGGAAAUGUGCUGUGCGGGGUCAUCGGACUCCAGAAAUGGCAGUAUGAUGUCUGGUCACAUGAUGUAACUCUGGCCAAUCACAUGGAAGCAGGGGGGGUCCCAGGGAGAGUACACAUCACAGAUGCCACUCUGUCACACCUUGGAGGUGAAUAUGAGGUAGAAGAUGUAACAUAUACACAGAGAGAUCCCUUUCUUAAAGAGAAUAACAUAAAAACAUAUCUGGUUAUCGACCCCAGGGCUACUGCCGACAGCGAGGAGGAUGACAUACUGCCAACAAAGUCUGCCGAGGUCACCAAGACAAGAGCAUCUGUUCGUAUGACGCGCUAUCUGGAAUCUUGGGGGGCUGCUAAGCCAUUUGCUCAUCUAAACCACAGAGACAGCCUAAUACCAGAAACCCUCAGCACUUCCCGCAUUACGGAUCUCCCAAUGUCUUCUAUACCUCCAACCCGGGGGAACGACAAGUCUCGUUCACCUAAAGAGACAAACGAGCCAGUAAAUGAGAACAUCUUUAAUAUCCUGGAGGAGCUCAACUCCCAAAGGCAGUGGAAAAAAUCUGAUGACUUUAACCGGGUCACUCUCUAUUUCAACCAGCAAGCCAUAGAGAAAGAGUACCGACUUUCUGACCUACCAUCCUUCAAGUUUUACACUGCCUGCUGCUUCUUCAUCUUUACCUGUAACUUCAUAGUCCAGAUGUUGGUGUCUCCCAAGAACACAGCCCUUGGCAUCUCCUAUGGCAUCUCAUUCUUCUUGUUCCUGCUCUUCCUCUUUGCCUGCUUUGCUGGGCAUCUGUCGAAAUGUAUCCUGAAAGGACCUCAAGUCUUGCACUGGGUUCCCUCUCUCUCCUCUGCCAUCUCCAGCCGGCCCUGGUUUAGAGUGCCCUUUGGAAUCUUGACAAUUCUUACUGUGCUAUUCAUGGCAGUAUUCAAUUUGUUUUUUCUAUCAGAUAACUCGUGUCCAGUGAAUACAUCUGUAACUCCAUCUCCAGUGCUAUACAGCCUUCCGUACUACAUGUAUUGCUGUAUUCUGGGGCUUCUGGCUUGCUCUGCCUUCCUGCUCAUGAACUUUGAAGUGAAGCUGAUUCUACUGAGCAUUGCCCUGGUGAUAUAUAAUAUAAUCUUCUUGUACACUCACAGCUGGCUGUCUGACUGUUACAUGGACUGGCUCUCUGUAAACCAGAACAUUUCCAGUGCUGGAGUCCUGAAAGAGCCGAAAAUCAUGGGCAGUAUUGCUUUGUUCAUCUUCUUCUUCACUCUGCUGGCACUGGCCAGACAGAAUGAAUUUUACUGUCGCCUUGACUUUCUAUGGAAAAGGAAGUUUAAGAUGGAGCGUGAGCGUAUUGAAACCAUGGAGAACCUGAAUAGAGUUCUGCUAGAAAACGUCCUUCCAGCUGAUGUAGCGCAGCAGUUCAUCGGACAGAACCUUAGGAAUGAGGACCUGUAUUACCAGUCAUAUGACUGUGUCUGUGUCAUGUUUGCAUCAAUACCUGACUUUAAAGAAUUUUACACAGAAUGCGAUGAAAACCACGAGGGCCUGGAGUGUCUGCGUCUUCUUAAUGAGAUCAUAGCAGACUUUGAUGAGCUACUUUCAAAACCAAAGUUCAGCAGUGUAGAGAAAAUUAAGACAAUCGGCAGUGCAUAUAUGGCAGCAACAGGGCUAAAUCCCACAUCAGGCCAAGAAAACCCACAGGAUGGAGAUAGGAAUUAUAAUCACAUCGGCAUCAUGGUGGAAUUUGCAUCAGCAUUGAUAGGAAAAUUGGAUUUGAUCAAUAAGCAUUCCUUUAACAACUUCAAACUCCGUGUGGGUAUUAAUCAUGGACCUGUGGUGGCCGGAGUUAUAGGAGCCCAAAAGCCACAAUAUGACAUCUGGGGUAACACUGUAAAUGUGGCAAGUCGCAUGGACAGCACUGGCAUACUAGGGAAAAUUCAGGUCACUGAAGAAACCAGCAAAGUGCUUCAGAAGUUGGGAUAUACCUGUGAACGGCGAGGGGUCAUUAAGGUCAAGGGCAAAGGUCAACUCUGCACCUAUUUCGUUUCAACUGAUAUGGCACGUUCCAGUUCCCAGGGAAAUGUUCUGAAUUAGGGUUUGGAAUGGCAGCCGCACUGUACACAGGCAAUUUCUUAGGGCAAGAACACUUAACAGAAUGUCUAAAGAUUAUAUCUCAGUCUCAACUGACAGAGGACAAAGCAAUAGCUGAACUGAACACACUCUAGUUGUAGACUUUAUCUGAAAACUUCUAGUACAUUCAUGACAAGACAAUGCUAUCGGGAAAUAUGGUUAGGCAUGGACAAGUGAGGCCAGCUACAAACCAGGAUGGACGAAUAAGACAAAAUUACUCUGAGAAUGUGUGAAACUGAGCUGAAGGACUGCCACACAGCACACAAUGAGAAUCUCUAGACCUCCGGAUGUAUUCCUGAAAUUACAAAAACAACUUGGUUGCAUAGUACCAUAUAUACUGUUGUACAGUAAAUGCAAUUCAGUUAGCAGCUCGAGACCUGCCACAGCACAGCGUCAUGCCUCCCCCCAGUGGGGACUGCGUGUACUGUUGCUUAAAAUAAAUCUUAUGUAUUCAGUCUGUGAUUCAAUUCACGCAUAGGAAAAUAACUGGCAAUGUAAAAGUAAUAGUGAGCGAGCUGGGACUGGCCCACAGAGGAGGGGGAAAGUGUUCUCUGUACUGUAGCACUGCUCAGUACAGCACUACACAUACUGUAAUGUAAAUAGAUAUAUUUAUACACAGCAGCAUCAAUCCCAUGGUAUUUAUUCAUCACAAUAAACUAUUGUUAAUAAAACCUACUUUUGUAUUUUUGGAGACACGACAAAGAACAAACAUGAAUAAACAUACUCUGUUAUUUAAGAGACAAAAACACAUUACGGCAAUUUGUCACUCAAAACUGUUGUGACUAAUGCAAAUAACAGUAUUAAGAGACAUUUUCCCCUGUAAGCAUACAUAAUUUAGCAUUAAUUUAUUAUGUGUCCACAUAUACUCAAUAAAUAAGGCCUACCCACAUCCAGUACUCAUUUCACAGGAAAAUGCCAGAUAUAUACCGAAGGAUCUUCUCAUUUGUUUACAGUGCAUUGUUGGUAUAGAAAACUAUUUACAAUAAAGACAUUUAUUUUACUGA